UCUCCUCCUCGGUAGGGUUGGUCGCCUUUUCUGUUGUUGUUUGUUUGGUUUGUUUUGCAACUCGACUUUUUAUUUGCGAACAGUUAUUUCCAGCCCCCUCCCCUCGCUCCCAAUUCCUCCCCCCCCUCCUCCCCUUUCCACCUCCGCGUCGCUGAUGCCUCUGCAAAAAGCAGAGUCAAGACGGCUCAGUUAGCAGCAUGUCUCGUCGAAAGCAAGCGAAACCCCAGCAUCUCAAAUCGGACGAAGAGCUGCAAGCGGAGGUAGUUUCCGAGCACGCAGUCCCGGGGGAAGGAGCAGACGAUGGUGACAGCGGGAACGAAAGCAGGAGCGGAAGUGAAGAAACCAAUGUUUGCGAGAAGUGCUGUGCGGAGUUCUUCAAGUGGACGGACUUCCUGGAGCACAAGAAGAGCUGCACAAAAAACCCCCUGGUGCUGAUCGUGAAUGAAGAUGAGGCAGCUCCGCCGCCCGCUGAGGAGUUCCCCGAGCCCUCACCUGCUAGCUCUCCCAGUGACCAGGCAGAGAGUGAAGCUGCUGAGGAAGGUGUCCAGCCGGAAAACAGCGAGAGCUCUGAAGUGAAGAGCACGGAAAAGGAAGAAGAGCCAAUGGAGGUAGAAACUGCGGAGAAAAGUUUCCAGAAUCAAGGCACCUCAAACACAGCUACUCCUCUACCUCAGCUCCCUGAACCGUCGCCUAUGACGAGCUAUGCCAUGCCAAACACGAACGUCACACUGGAGACUCUGCUGAGCACUAAAGUGGCGGUCGCACAGUUCUCGCAGAGCGCGCGGUCAGCCGCCUCGGCCAGCAUCAGCAGCGGGGUGACGGCUGUGGCCAUCCCCAUGAUCCUGGAGCAGCUCAUGGCCCUGCAGCAGCAGCAGAUCCACCAGCUGCAGCUGAUCGAGCAGAUCCGCAGCCAGGUGGCCAUGAUGAACCGGCAGCCCCUGCGGCCGGCCCUUAACCCGGUGGUGGCCGCACCAGGAGUGGUGGGGCAAGCCUCAAACCAGCUGCAGGGCUUUGCCACGAGUGCUGCCAUCCAGCUCACCGCCGUCCUUCCUCCCGCCAUCAUGGGACAGGCUGCUGGUGCUCAGCCCCCUGCCUUCGACGGCUCUCAGCACGUCUCAAGACCUACGUCUGGAGCGAGCACACCCAAUAUAUCCAGCAGUGGCUCCUCUGCCCCUCCAGAAUCUAGCGUACCCUGCUCUUCUAAUGCGAUUACAUCUGUAACACCUGUUUCAGUGUCAAACACGAGUAUCAGUGCUUCGCAGCCCCAGAAUGCUUCAACUCCACCUUCCAUAGGACAUGGAAGCCUCGCCUCGAUUUCUAACCUGCCAAACCCACUUCUACCUCAGACUUCCUCAAAUAGUGUGAUCUUCCCCAAUCCGCUUGUUAGCAUCGCAGCAACAGCUAAUGCACUAGAUCCUCUGUCUGCCCUCAUGAAGCACCGCAAAGGGAAGCCACCAAAUGUGUCAGUGUUUGAGCCCAAGUCAAGCUCCGAGGAUCCCUUUUUUAAACACAAAUGCCGAUUUUGUGCCAAGGUCUUUGGAAGUGACAGUGCUUUACAAAUCCACCUCCGCUCGCACACAGGGGAAAGACCUUUUAAAUGCAACAUAUGUGGAAAUCGCUUUUCCACAAAAGGCAACCUGAAAGUUCAUUUUCAGAGGCAUAAAGAGAAAUAUCCCCACAUUCAGAUGAAUCCCUAUCCUGUUCCAGAAUACCUCGAUAAUGUGCCCACUUGUUCUGGUAUCCCAUACGGGAUGUCGCUGCCCCCUGAAAAGCCGGUCACAACGUGGUUAGACAGCAAACCUGUUCUGCCGACCAUUCCAACUUCCAUUGGGCUCCAGCUGCCCCCCACGAUCCCUGGUGUGAACAGUUACGGAGAUUCUCCAAGCAUCACUCCCAUGAGCAGGUCACCUCAGAGGCCUUCUCCUGCUUCCAGCGAAUGCACUUCCUUAUCUCCAAGCCUCAACACAUCUGAGUCAGGUGUUCCAGUGUCUGCUGAAUCCCCGCAGCCCGUUCAGAGCAGCUCGUCCCUGACCAAGGCAGAACCCAUCAGUCUGCCUCCCGCAAGUGCGCGGCUUGGGGACCACUCUGUAAGUGGACAAGUUUCCACAGCUUCCACGUCUUCAAUUCCAACCAUUGUUACGGACAGCAGUGUUUCGACAAGCCUCCCAAACCCUGUGCUUCCAACAAUGUCUGACCAGUUUAAGGCAAAGUUUCCAUUUGGUGGUCUGCUAGAUUCUAUGCAAACAUCAGAAACCUCAAAACUACAGCAGCUAGUAGAGAACAUUGAUAAGAAGAUGACAGAUCCAAAUCAAUGCGUCAUUUGUCACCGUGUGCUUAGUUGUCAGAGCGCUCUCAAGAUGCAUUACAGAACACAUACAGGAGAAAGACCAUUUAAAUGCAAAAUUUGUGGACGUGCCUUUACUACCAAAGGCAAUCUAAAAACGCAUUUUGGAGUUCAUCGAGCAAAGCCACCACUUAGAGUACAGCACUCAUGUCCCAUUUGUCAGAAGAAAUUUACAAAUGCAGUUGUUCUUCAGCAGCAUAUUCGUAUGCAUAUGGGUGGGCAGAUUCCUAACACGCCAUUACCUGAGGGCUUCCAGGAUGCCAUGGACUCAGAACUCUCCUAUGACGAGAAGAACAUUGACACGCUGAGCAACUUCGAUGAUGACAUUGAUGAAAAUUCUAUGGAAGAGGACCCAGAGUUAAAGGACAUGGCAAGCGACUCAGCAAAACCCCUUAUCUCUUACUCUGGGUCAUGUCCUUCCUCACCGCCUUCUGUGAUCUCCAGUAUCGCUGCUUUGGAGAAUCAAAUGAAAAUGAUUGAUUCUGUCAUGAACUGUCAGCAGCUGACCAGUUUAAAAUCCAUAGAAAACGGAUCAGGGGAAAGUGACCAUUUGAGCAAUGACUCCUCAUCGGCUGUUGGUGAUCUCGAAAGCCAGAGUGCAGGCAGCCCUGCAAUGUCAGAGUCUUCUUCCUCCAUGCAAGCUUUGUCUCCUGUAAAUAGUAACAGUGAAAGUUUUAGAUCAAAGUCCCCAGGUCUCAGCAACCAGGAAGAACCACAAGAAAUACAAUUAAAGACUGAAAAGCCAGACAGCCCACCACCUGCAACUGAAAAUGGAGGCGCGUUAGAUCUGACAUCCACCAACCCUGGAAGACCGGUCAUCAAAGAGGAGGCUCCUUUUAGCCUGCUGUUCCUGAACAGAGAACGUGGUCCCAGCCAAAGUACUCCUAGCCUGGUCACCAGUACAGCGCCUACCAUGAUCAAAAUGGAAGUGAAUGGUCACAGCAAGCCGAUCUCUUUGGGUGAGGUUCCCUCGCUUCCAGCUGGAAUCCAGGUUCCUGCUGCACCACAGACAGUGAUGAGUCCGGGGAUCACCCCCAUGCUGGCACCCCCCCCUCGCCGCACUCCCAAGCAGCACAACUGUCAGUCUUGUGGGAAGACCUUCUCCUCAGCAAGCGCACUGCAGAUACACGAGCGCACCCAUACUGGUGAAAAACCGUUUGGUUGCACAAUCUGUGGUAGAGCUUUUACCACAAAGGGGAAUCUUAAGGUUCACAUGGGAACGCACAUGUGGAAUAAUGCACCUGCACGCCGUGGCCGUCGCCUCUCCGUGGAAAACCCCAUGGCUUUGCUGGGUGGUGAUGCACUGAAGUUCUCUGAAAUGUUCCAGAAGGAUUUGGCAGCUCGGGCCAUGAACGUUGACCCCAGUUUUUGGAACCAAUAUGCUGCAGCUAUCACAAAUGGACUUGCCAUGAAGAACAAUGAGAUUUCUGUCAUACAGAACGGAGGCAUUCCUCAGCUCCCAGUAAGUCUUGGUGGAGGUGCCAUCCCACCUCUAAGCAACCUUACCAGUGGCAUGGACAAAGCUCGCACAGGCAGCAGCCCUCCCAUUGUUGGUUUGGACAAAGCAAGUUCUGAAACUGGAGCCAGUCGUCCAUUCACCAGAUUUAUUGAGGACAACAAAGAGAUUGGCAUAAAUUAAAAGCAUUCGUUACGAAUUACUGUUGGACCACUACUCAACGCAACACUUGUCCUGUUCCAUGUACAGCUUUUGAAGUUAAGCAUUAGUUUCCUGACCUAAAUGCAUAGGUUCCCCUUAAAAUUUUACCUGUAGCAGAAAUACCCAACUUUGUGGCUGCUGAAAAGUUGUCUUGCAAGAUCUGCAUGGUACUUCUUUCAACAGUGAGUUUGACUGUUAUUGAGAACUGUGAAACCAUUUAAUUUAACAGAAACAAACAAAAAAACCAUUGGAUAACUUCAUUAGACACAGAAAGAGGCUAGUCUACGUCCACUUUCUUCUUAGAAACCUUAAUAUCAACUGAGAGAGGGGGCUUCGCUAUGGCAUUCUGUCACACUUGCUGGUUUUGUUCAAAUUAGUUAGCAACUUGGACUAUGUUUUUAGGAAUCUUAAUCUCAAAUAAGUGAUUUAGUACCCCAAUGCUGUGUAUUAUUACAGUAUCCUUGUCUGUAGUAUUUAUAAUGUUAAGACUAUGCGGGUAACAGACAAUAUACUAGCCCCAAAUUUAAAUGAAGCUCUUGUACUGCAAAAUACAUCUGGUUAUGUGACCUUUCUUUUUCUUUUCUUUUCUCUCUCUCUCUCUCCCUUUUUCUUUUUCUUUUUCUUUCUUUUUUUUUUUUAAAGCAAGUCUUGUUUUACUAUAAAUAAGUGGUUUAUUUUAAUGCAGACAAAAUUGUGAAGUUUUAUUGGGAAAGAUAGCAUGCUUUUCAUGUGCAAGUACCUGUCAGUAACAAACUUUUUUUUUUUAAUUUAAGUAUUUGUAGCUGCUAUGUGGACAGUUGUUCUAUUAAAUGAAAAAAAGAAAAAAAAAUGUAGUGUGGACUUUAGCUCAAUGAUUGGAAAACAAGUUACAGACAAACCUUAGCACCAUAAAUUAUUCACAACGUAAUAAACAGUUGUGAGUAAAUACUUCAUGUUAUCAAAGCUGUACAAUAAAAAGGUAAUGUUUGUAUAAUGUGGUUGCAAACUCUUAAUUUAUACUAUUGCACUUUUAGUAUUUUGUAUUAGGGAGGUUUGUCUAUAAUUUGAAACUGAACUAAGAUGUAAACUAUUUUAUAAAUAGUACUUUGACUUAAGGAAUAACGGGGGAAGCCCUGUUACACUUUCUUGUUUUGUUUUAAGGUCAAACAAUGAGAGCUCUCUUAACUAAGCAGAAAAGCUGCAGAGAACUGUCAGAUCCUUAGGAAAAAUGGGCCUGCCAUUUCUUAAAUUGAAAUGAUUCAUUUAACUUUCCUACAAAGCCCACUUAAAAGCGUGACCACCCCCAGCAGAAUUCUGAUGCAUUUAUCUUAGGAGUGUGAUAUUAAUACAAGUCUAGGAUAGAUGACAGAGGACAUUGCGUAGGUUUAAUUUUACUGUGAUCUGUUCUAUCUUUCACACACACCCACCAGAAAGAUGUUGACUGCCUAAUAAUGCGGGGAAAAAAAAAUAAUAAUAACUUUAGGGCAGCAUGAGCUGUAGUAUGUUAUGUGUUUAUUUCCAACUCUCACUGAUUAUCUUCUCAGAUCGCUCUGAAGCACAAUAUGCUCUGAUUAAUCGAAUAUGAUUUUAUGUUGAUUGCAUUCUUUCAAUUACACUGAGUAAAUAAAGGGAAUGGUUCCACUCAUAAGUCAGGCUGGGGAUGCUGAGAAGACUGGGGCUUGAUCAAAACUUGAACAGUAAACAUUUUGUGUACUACCUCAUUUUUGUGCAUUACAAGCGUGGUGGAGUCUGACACUAUGAACUUCCGUCCAGCAGAAUUGCUUGAGGGACGUUAUGGGUAGCUGGGUAACAGCACAAGGAGUUUUAUGCCCCUGCAGAGUGAAUCAGACAGUGAGGUCUUCUCAUUUGAGACUGAAAAAAUAAGACAAUCUUUCUUACACAACAAAAACUUACUGUAAGAGGAUGGUCUGUUUCUGCCAUCGUGUAAUGGAGUGCAAAGAGUUUCAAAGACUUACUAGCUGUUUGUUUCUACUGGAAAUGAGCAAUGAACUAUACGUCUCCAUUUUUUACAAUGAUGAGAUAGAUAUAUAGAUAUACAUAUCUAUAUAUAAACAAAAUUAUGUAUCUAUAAUGCCUCUACAACAUAACAUCUUUCUUUUGCCACAGUGUGUGAGUGGUUAGGGGUGUUUCCAGGCAUUUUGAAAAAGAAAACUGAGGUGGCUUAAUGUUGCUGCAUUUCAGCAAUUGAAUGUUUUUAUUUAUCUGUGUCAUUUUUGGUGUGAGUUUUUCUGUUAGUAUUUGGUACCAUGUAGUGUUAUCUUUAUUCCCUAAAGGAUGUGUAUAACUUAAAAAAAAAAAAAAAAAAAAGUUAAAAAAAAAAAGUUAAAAAACAAACAAACAAAAA